UCACUCCGCUUUUAGGCGCGCCCAUUUCAGAUUGCUAAACUCCAGAGUCAGGGGAAAAAAAAAGCGGGGAGGAGGUGGAAAGCCACACCCCGCGGCGCCCGCGAAUUUCCCCAGGAGUCGACGGUGGCCCAGGCAGACGCGGCCGAGAUGCGGGGCUGGGGGCUCCUGACCGCCGCCCACCUCCUGUGCGUGUGGACCUCGGUGCUGGCCGCGGCCCCCGGGCCUAGGUUUCUGGUGACGGCCCCAGGGAUUGUCAGGCCUGGAGGAAAUGUAACCAUUGGGGUUGAUCUUCUGGAACACAGCCCCCCCCAGGUCACUGUGAAGGCAGAGUUGGUCAAGAUGGCAGCCAACCUCACGGUCUCUGUCCUGGAAGCAGAAGGAGUUUUUGAAAAAGGCUCUUUCAAGACACUUACUCUUCCAUCACUACCUCUGAACAGUGCGGAUGGGAUCUAUGAGCUGCGUGUAACUGGAUGGGCCCAGGAUGAGAUUUUAUUCUCUAAUAGUACGCGCUUAUCAUUUGAGACCAAGAGAAUGACUGUCUUCAUUCAAACAGACAAGUCUCUAUACAAGCCAAAGCAGGAAGUGAAGUUUCGUAUUGUUACACUCUUCUCAGAUUUUAAACCUUAUAAAACUUCUUUAAACAUUCUCAUUAAGGACCCCAAGUCAAAUUUGAUCCAGCAGUGGUUGUCAGAACGAAGUGAUCUCGGCGUGGUUUCCAAAACUUUUCAAUUAUCUUCCCACCCAAUACUUGGUGACUGGUCCAUUCAAGUUCAAGUGAAUGACCAGACAUAUUAUCAAUCAUUUCAGGUUUCAGAAUAUGUACUACCCAAAUUUGAAGUUACUUUGCAGACACCAUUAUAUUGUUCUUUGAAUUCUAGGAGCUUAAAUGGUACUGUCACAGCAAAGUAUACGUAUGGGAAGCCCGUGAAAGGAGAUGUAACACUUACAUUUUUACCUUUAUCCUUUUGGGGCAUGAAGAAAAAUAUUACAAAAAAUUUUAAGAUAAAUGGAUCUGCAAACUUCUCUUUUAAUGAUGAAGAGAUGAAAAAAGUAAUGGAUUUUUCAGAAGGGCUUUCUGAACACAUGUAUCUGUCUUCCCCUGGGCCGGUAGAAAUUUUAGCCACAGUGACAGAAUCACUUACAGGUAUCUCAAGAAAUGCAAGUUCUAAUGUAUUUUUCAAGCAACAUGAUUACAUCAUUGAAUUUUUUGAUUAUGCUACUGUCUUGAAGCCAUCUCUCAACUUCACAGCCACUGUGAAGGUAACCCGUGCUGAUGGCAAUCAACUGACUUUUGAAGAAAGAAGAAAUAAUGUAGUUAUAACAGUGACACAGAAAAAUUCUUCUGAGUACUGGAACAGAUGGAAUAGCAGAAAUCAGGAAACAGGAGCUGUCCAGAUCAUAAAUUAUACCCUCCCCCAAAAUGGAAUCUUUAAGAUUGAAUUCCCAAUUUUGGAUGAUUCCAAUGAGCUACAGUUGAAGGCUUCUUUUCUUAAUAGUGUGAGUAGCAUGGCAGUUCAUGGUAUGUUUAAGUCUCCCAGUCAAACAUACAUCCAGCUAAAGACAAGAGAUGAGAAUGUAAAGGUGGGAUCACCUUUUGAGUUGGUGGUUAGUGGCAAUAAGCAAUUGAAGGAGUUAAGCUACAUGGUCGUAUCCAGGGGACGGUUGGUGGCUGUAGGCAAGCAAAAUUCAACAACCUUCUCUUUAACACCAGAAAAUUCUUGGGCUCCAAAAGCCUGCAUUAUUGUGUAUUAUAUUGAGGAUGAUGGGGAAAUUAUAAAUGAUGUUCUAAAAAUCCCUGUUCAGCUUGUUUUUAAAAAUAAGAUAAAGCUAUUUUGGAGUAAAACUCAGGCUGAACCAUCUGAGAGAGUCUCUCUUAGGAUCUCCGUGACACAGCCAGACUCGACAGUUGGGAUUGUAGCCGUUGACAAAAGUGUCAAUCUGAUGAAUGUCUCAAAUGAUAUUACAAUGGAAAAUGUGGUCCAUGAGCUGGAACUUUAUAACACUGGCUAUUAUUUAGGCAUGUUCAUGAAUUCUUUUGCAGUUUUUCAGGAAUGUGGCCUCUGGGUAUUGACGGAUGCAAAACUUUUGAAGGAUUACAUUGAUGGUGUUUAUGACAGUGUUGAAUUUCUUGAGAGGUUUGCGGAGGAAACUGAAGGAUACUUGGUAGAUUUUCAUGACUUCUCUUCGGUUAGCAACCCACGUAUCAGAAAGCAUUUUCCAGAGACGUGGAUUUGGCUAGACACCAACAUGGGUUCUAGGAUUUACCAAGAAUUUGAGGUUACUGUGCCUGAUUCUAUCACUUCUUGGGUGGCAACUGCUUUCGUGAUCUCUGAAGAUUUAGGUCUUGGACUAACAAGUUCUCCAGUGGAGCUACAAGCCUUCCAACCAUUUUUCAUAUUUUUGAAUCUUCCCUACUCUGUUAUCAGAGGUGAAGAAUUUGCUUUGGAAGUAACCAUAUUCAAUUAUUUGAAAGAAGCCACUGAGGUUAAAGUAAUCAUUGAGAAAAGUGAAGAAUUUGAUAUUCUAAUGACUUCAAAUGAAAUAAAUGCCACAGGACACCAGCAGACCAUUCUGGUUCCCAGUGAGGAUGGGGCAACUAUUCUUUUUCCGGUCAAACCCACACAUCUGGGGGAAAUUCCUAUCACAGUCACAGCCAUUUCUCCUGCUGCUUCUGAUGCCGUCACCCAGAAGAUUUUAGUCAAGGCUGAAGGAAUAGAAAAAUCAUAUUCACAAUCCAUCUUGUUAGACUUGACUGACAACAAGUUACAAAAUCUCCUGAAAACUCUGAGUUUCUCAUUUCCUCCCAACACAGUGAGUGGUAGUGAACGAGUUCAGAUCACUGCUAUUGGAGAUAUCCUCGGUUCUUCCAUCAAUGGCUUAGCCUCACUGAUUCGGAUGCCUUAUGGCUGUGGUGAACAGAACAUGAUAAAUUUUGCUCCCAAUAUUUAUGUUUUGGAUUACCUGACUAAAAAGAGACAACUGACGGAAGACUUAAAAGAAAAAGCCCUUUCAUUUAUGAGGCAAGGUUACCAGAGAGAACUUCUCUAUCAGAGGGAAGACGGCUCUUUCAGUGCUUUUGGGAAUAAUGACCCUUCCGGGAGCACUUGGUUGUCAGCUUUUGUUUUAAGAUGUUUCCUUGAAGCUGAUCCUUACAUAGAUAUUGAUCAGAAUGUGUUACACAGAACAUAUACGUGGCUCAAAGGACGUCAGAAAUCCAAUGGUGAAUUUUGGGAGCCGGGAAGAGUGAUCCACAGUGAGCUUCAAGGUGGCAAUAAAAGUCCAGUAACGCUUACAGCUUAUAUUGUGACUUCUCUCCUGGGAUAUAAAAAGUAUCAGCCUAAUAUUGAUGUGCAAGAGUCUAUCAACUUUUUGGAGUCUGAAUUUAAUAGAGGAAUUUCAGACAAUUAUACUUUAGCUCUUAUAACUUAUGCACUGUCAUCCGUGGGGAGCCCUAAAGCCAAGGAAGCUUUGAAUAUGCUGACUUGGAGAGCAGAACAAGAAGGAGGCAUGCAAUUCUGGGUGUCAUCAGAGCCUAAACUUUCUGAAUCCUGGCAGCCACGUUCCUUGGAUAUUGAGGUUGCGGCCUACGCGCUGCUCUCACACUUCCUGCAGUAUCAGGUGUCUGAGGGAAUCCCAAUUAUGAGGUGGCUCAGCAGCCAAAGAAAUAGCUUGGGAGGUUUUGCAUCUACCCAGGACACUGUUGUAGCCUUGAAGGCCCUAUCUGAAUUUGCAGCCCUAAUGAACACAGACAGGACCAACAUCCAAGUGACUGUGACGGGGCCCAGUUCACCAAGUCCUGUAAAGUUUCGGAUUGACACACAGAACCGCUUUCUCCUCCAGACGUCAGAGCUUGCUGUGGCUCAGCCAAUUGCUGUUAAUAUUUCUGCAAGUGGUGUUGGAUUUGCUAUUUGUCAGUUUAAUGUUAUUUAUAAUGUGAAAGAUUCGGGUUCCCCAAGAAGACGGAGAUCUAUUCAAGACCAAGAAGCUUUUGAUUUAGACGUUGCUGUAAAAGACAAUAAAGAUGAUACCAAUCACUUGAAUUUGAAUGUGUGCACAAGGUUUUUGGGCCCAGCUAGAAGCGGCAUGGCCCUGAUGGAAGUGAACCUCCUCAGUGGUUUCACCGUGCCUUCAGACGCAAUUCCUCUGAGCGAGACUGUGAGGAAAGUGGAACAUGAUCAUGGAAAAGUCAACCUAUAUUUAGAUUCUGUAAAUGAAACCCAGAUUUGUGUGGAUAUUCCUGCUGUGAGAAACUUUAAAGUUUCAAAUACACAAGAUGCUUUGGUGUCCAUCACAGAUUACUAUGAACCGAGGAGACACACGGUGAGGAGUUACAACUCGGAAGUGAAGCUGUCCUCUUGUGACCUCUGUGCGGACGUUCACGGCUGCGGUCCUUGCGACAGAGGAGCUGCAGCCUCCCUUUAUCCCGCUUCGGUCAUCGUGGUGCUCGGGGUCGCGCUGCUCUUCUCUUUGCAGUGUGGGCUGUGAUUCAUUUUUUAAGGACUCCAUGGAACAUGGACAUUUCCAGAAGUCACACGUCUUGUUUUCGUUAUCAAGUAUUGCCUCUGUUCUUGAAAAACAAUUUUUUUUUUCUCUUUGUGGGGUUGUGGGGGAUGGUGCGCAACAGGUCCUAGAGGCAUAGAUGUCAUCACUGACUUCUGUGUGGAACAGAAUCUCAGAGUUUCGCAGUCGUAUGUCUUUAUUUCCCCCUCUUAAAAAUCGUUCAGGAGUGUUUCAUGGAGGUGUUGUUUUCCCCAGAAUAAAUGCGUUAUUUUAGAUUAGUUAUUCUUUUUAUUUUCUAGAAGAAAUGAGCCUGGGUUCUUAAGUAUUACUAUACAGCGCUGUUGGCUUUAGCAUUAAAGACAGAUGUCUGGGAACUGGGAGGCAGCAACCAGAGAAGGAGCUUGCUCUGUUCCCUUUCCACAUCCACCCACCUCUGCCCUCCCCCAUGCCUCACCCCCAGUGGUCUCAGUCUAUCCUUCAUAAAUAAUAUCCUUCUUCCUUUUUAGUAGGGGGUGAAUUUUUUUUUUAAGCCAAGUGUUUUGUUUUGUUUCACUCCAAUUGUAAUCUCAUCCUCCAACCUUUACCCUUCCUGUUUUUCUUCUGGAGAGAAGGAGAAAGGGAAUGUGUGAUUCAGAGCUGGAGGAGUGUACGGAAAACUGCCCGAAGGAGUCGUGGGUGCCCUGCCUUCCCUUUCACUUCCUCAGCCCCACACAUUGGCUCUGGUUCUGAGAUGAGAGUCCGAGGCCAUGGCAGAAUGUUCCUGAGACCAGAAGAUGCAGCUUUGUUAGCAAUGGGGGACGAUUAACCAGGGCACACGGUACUAUCGAAGACGGACAGGCUGACUCCCUGUGGUCUGGGCAAGAAGCUGGGGCUUGACAGGGACCGAGAGAGGUGAACAUGACUGCUGACCUCAAGUAUGGUUGGGGGUUACCAGGAGUCCUGUAAAAGCUCUUCUAGGCUCAGGUGUCUGAGCGUCAGACAGCCGGCUGUCUGGCGUGAAUGCUUGUGUGAAUCUUUAAGAUUUCUGAACUUUGAGCACCUGGAUAAUUGGUUACCCUGUAUUCUAAAGGGUAAUAUUCUUCUAUCUGGGUGAAAAUUUCAAAGAAAAAUUCCUUUCCUUCCAUCUUCUCCUUUUCCUCCUUUCUCUCUUCUUUCUUUCUUACAUUCCUCCCUUCUUCCUUUCUUCUUUUCCUACAUUGAAAUAUUUUAGAUAUAUCAAAAAUCAACUAAAGAUCUCUUACUAAAUCUAGAAAUGAUUUAAUUUUGCUGCUUAAUUCCAUGGCAUUCCUCUCAAGUGAACAUGGAAAAAAUAAUUGCCACGAGCUCCAGAAAGUCUGCAUUACGGUAUUUCAAUUAUUUACAAAUAAAUCCAUCAGAAAUAAAGGAUGCAAAUAAUAUAUUUUAAGAGGAAUUUUUAAAACUUUAAAAAAAAUCUUACUGAAUUUUAAGAAAUUGUAGUGAAGUGGAUAUUCAUUUAUUGCUUUUGGAUAUUUUGAAUUGAAUACCAAGGUAGGAGUUACCAACAUUCAGUAUUUUAAAACUUGAAACCUAGAUGUAGAAAGUAGAUCCUCAGAGAGUGGUCUAUAGAGACAGGGAAGUUAAAUAUCAAAUAAAUAAUCUUCUUGUAUUUACUUUUGGUGGGUGUAAGUUUGUAGUUCUGUUACAGCUUUGAAAGAAUCUUACCGAAAAAUAGCACUUGUCAUAUUUGGGCCUUCAGGUACGGUAUUUCUGGCCUUUACAUCCUAGGACUUCUUUAAGAUGAAGAUUAUCUUCUGAUGAAGUCGGGGGAGGGUGUUGGCACAGGGAGUCCUCCUCGCCUGCUUGCCCAGGGAACCUUCUCCCGACCAUCGGUACCUUAUAUUCUUCAGUAAAUAAUUUAUUUUGAACUUCGAGUGUAGGAAAUUGGGAAACAACUAGAAUGGAAAGGCCAGUGGAAGACAGUUUGUAUCAUUCUCAGGCCAUAUUCCCUCAUUUAAAAACUAGAACUCUAAUACUUUUUUGGGAAGUACUUGAGGUUUUCAGAUUAACAAGUUAUCUAGUAACUCUUCUUGUAAUGCAUCUCUUUUUAUUAUAAAUUUGUUAAAAGUGGAGGAGGAAGAAGAGGAGGAGAAAGUCAGCAGUGCUCUCGGUGCAUGGGCUGCGCUGUCGUUGUCCUUCAUACCUUUCUUCGAACACUGGCUUUGCUGCAGGCAGUGGGGUUGCAUUAGAAGUGAUGAAAAAGCCACAGGCAGAAGGGAAUAGGAAGCCGUGUAGGAGUAAAAAUUAAUAGUAUAGACUGCAUAUGCUAUGAAUAAUUAUAUUAUGAAUAAUUAUAUAUUUAAAAAACCCCAUUUUACCUUUAAGUUUGCUUGCGCUGAGACUCUUCCAUUUAGAAUGCUGUCCAUCUCAUUUCCAGAGUUGGAACUAAUCUGACAUCUCCCCUUCUCUUUCACCGAGUGGGAACCUUAUUUAGACAACAGCACCUCCCAUUUGCAGUUUUCACUGACCAGUGGUUCUGGACACUGACCCACGCACUAGCGGCCAAACAAUUCAAAGACAGAACAACACUUUUACAUUCGGUUUCCCCAUCCUACCGCCUUCAGGUAGAAUUCUGAAAAAGAAAUGAAGGCAGCUAACGAUUUAUUUGCUCUAUGAGUUCAGAAAAGAAAAAUGCCCACUUACCGAAAUGCUUUUUUUGACUGUAUUACUCUGUUAUACUUUAUGUUUUUCAAAACACUGAAACAAUAGUAUCUUUGGUUUAGAAUUUGGGGUAUAGUAUAAUCUGAAGAGUGUUGUGCUAAUAUGAAAUCCACGUACAUAUAUGAAAUCCACGUCCACAUCUGUUACCUAACAACUUGUUACUUAAAUAUGUAAUAUCAUAUCCUACACAUGGGGAUUUUUAGGAGUGUAGAUAGCAUAAUUCUCCCUGCUCCCAUCCUUUUGAGCCUGGGCAUAGUUAUUUUUUUUUAAAUUUAUAUUGAGCCCUAUUUUCUGUUUAUGUAAAAUAUAGUUAUAAAUAGUCUGGCAUUAGACUACCAAUUAUCUUAGCUAUAAUUUAGUUAUUUAAUUCAACAUUUCUGGCUGUCCGAUGACACUUAAAGAAAAUUGGAGCUAUCAUUUCUCUUUGUCAUUUUUAGAACAAAGCAUUUUAUUCACCUCUAGCAUAUCAUCUAGAGUUUUUUGUAAGAGCCUUACUUUUUUCUCAUUUGCUCCAUUGAAGUUUAAUACUGAUUUCUGUAGAAAUGCAUUGUAAAUACCUACUUGACAAGGUUUCUUAAGAUGAAGACAGUACUUAUUUGAGUUUGCCAAGUGGCAAAGUGCAUCAUUUUCUGGCACAGUAGAAGUCUGAGACACUUACAGUAACUGAACUUGCUCUUGGGUUAGCUUCAGAACCUAUCCUACCCUCGGUAGAGGCUUCUGUUAGACAGAAGUGUGUGUUUCUCAUUUUCCUUUGUUUUCAGACUGCAAGAAAGCAUAGCACUUUUAAGAACUUAAAAAAUUUUGUAUCACCUAUUCAAAUGAUAUUUAUGUUAAUAGUAAGUAUCUUAAGUUACAUUGGGAGACUCUGAGGUGUAAUUAUUCUUAUCGCUACUUUGAAUAGAGGACUGUUAUCCCACUUUCUUCCAGAAACUAAGCAGUAAAUAUACAUUUUUAAUGAAGUAUGCAUUAGUGAGAGUAGGCUUGUUUCAAAACGAUUUCUAGCCAGUGUGUUUUCAGCUGCCUCAUUCAAACACAUUGUGUCAUUCCAUAAAAUGUCAUUUUCAUUUCAGUCUUCACCCAGGAAAAUAGAUAUUUUGUAGAUAAUUUCUGAGCUUUUCACUUCAAAGGACACUUAUACAUUGGUAUGUGCUUAUCUCUGUAGUGGGGAUGAAUGAUAUCGAUAGACGUGUGGCUUCAUAUUUAGGAAAAAUUUUAUCUCAUGUUGUCAUGAGUCUAUGAUUUAACACUCUUCUGCCCAGUGCAUUGAAUUUGUGGUAGAGGGUAGUAUCAUGUUCCAUUUGUUGGUCUUUAAGAUUUAUCUUUGAUAGCUUCGGGAGAAUGUGGCUCUAUUUUCGUUCUCCUUAUCUUUCUGUUUUGGAUUUUUAGUAGGGUUGUUGGUAGCUGAUCUGAUAGAGUCAAUUUAUUUUCUACACAGGAAGCUUAAUGAAAUUUUACUCACAAAUCCCCUAUUUUAAGAAUCGUUUUUGCAUAUGAGAAGAAUACUAUUGAAAUGAAACCUUAUUUUCUCCCAAAUUAAAGCAUUAUAUGUUGACCAAAGUGAUUCUGAAAGUUUAAAUUUUAAAUGUUAGAAUCUUAUGUUGUUGUGAAUUGUAUUCUCAUAUAUUCAAUAGGAAAUCAUGGUUUAUCAAUAAAAAUUAAAAUUCCCACCUA